ACAAAAGUCGCACCAUAAUCGUGUAAAAUAGAAAAAAAAAUCCCAGCUUAAUUGACCCUAUGAUCUGACGCCCUUCUCCAAUCGAUCUCUCCCCGUCCAUCCCCUCGAUCGCCCUCGACCCCCCUCGCCCGCCGCCUCCGCCGAUCCCCAUCCGUCGAGCACCGCCGCCGCCGCCGCCGCCGCCGCCGGCGUCCCGCCACAUCCCCGCCUUGCUGCCCGAUUAUAUCAUUAUUACACCUUGCUGCGGCUUUUAUUGAUUCGUGAAUCGUGAUGGCGUGCCGGGGCUUCUUCGAAUGCCUACUGAAGCUGCUCAACUUUGUCCUCACGGUCGCCGGCCUCGCCAUGGUCGGAUAUGGGAUUUACCUGCUCGUCGAGUGGAUGAGGAUUUCCGGCGGCGGCGGCGGGGCACCACCGUCGCCAGCGCCGCCUGCUGAGUUGCUUAUGUUUGGCCGCCCGAUGCUCACGGCUGUUGCCCUAGGUGACGGUGGCAGUUUCUUCGACAAGCUCCCUAAAGCAUGGUUCAUCUAUUUGUUCAUUGGUGUUGGUGCAAUUAUCUUUGUGAUCUCUCUGUUUGGUUGCAUUGGAGCUGCAACAAGGAACACCUGCUGCUUGUGUUGUUACGCUUUCUUGGUCAUAUUGUUGAUCCUUGUUGAGGCUGGAGCUGCUGCAUUCAUAUUCUUCGACGAAAGCUGGAAAGACGUAAUUCCGGUGGACAAGACUGAGAAUUUUGAUGUAAUGUAUGACUUUCUCAAGGAAAACUGGGAGAUUGCAAGAUGGGUUGCUCUUGGUAGUGUCAUUUUCGAGGUAUUGCUUUUCCUUUUAGCACUGGUUGUCAGGGCAAUGAACAAACCUGCUGAAUAUGACAGCGAUGAUGAGAUCAUCGCAACUUCUAGAAGCACUAGCAUCCGGCAGCCACUAAUUCAUUCACAAAAUGUUCCUGCUACUGGUGUUCCUGUUGCAACCCUUGAGCAACGCGCUAGCAGAAACGAUGCAUGGAGCCAGAGGAUGCGUGAGAAGUAUGGUCUGGACACAAGCCAGUUCACCUAUAAUCCGUCAGACCCAAGCAGAUAUCAGCAAAAUGGUGCCCCUCCAGCUGAAGAAAGGAACCGCUGUGUUAUACUGUGAAAAAUUACUCCAUGACGUACUCCGGUAUGGUGUUUUUUUCAUGGGCAGGCUUGUGCAGUUGGUUGCACCGAGUAAUUAAUUAUUCAGAGUGUCGUGUGUAAAGAGGGCUAUUGCAUUGUCGUUUUGACAUAUUGAUGUGUUCUCUGAAUGUUCUAUGCACCGGUAAAUCUUCUCAUGUGGAGAAGCUGCUAUUAGAUACGCCAUUUUAUUUGCCUGUUUUUGGGUGUAUCUUUUCGUAUUUUUCUCUCGACUAGCUUUCAUCCUCAAUUCCUCAUUGUACAGCCGUUGUAUUCAGUUUGGCGUUAUAAUCAUGUUUGUGGUGGUUGGUUUGUGCUAUGAA